UUCUAAAUCAAAGACUCGCUCUAUUCCUUUAAUCAUAUAAAACAAUGCAAUCUACAAAUGAAUUUUAGAUUUUCAUUUUGACUGUAUACAGCAUCCUAAGAAAUAUUCUUGGCAAUUUAGAGGGGGAAGGAUAUAUUGAGCAGGGCUUUAUACCGUGUUAGUCCCCUUGAGGCUACUGAUGACAUUAUUAAAAAUAAAUGUGAAAGUACAGUAUGAAGAAAACUCAGAAAACUAUGAUCCAAAGAUCAUGACUAGCCAUAUAAACCAUCCUCCACGGCAAUCCGAAAUGAGUUGUAAUCCGCAGAAACCCACGUCGCAAGCAAGACGUAAACUUUACAAAAUCUUUGUUGAAGAUUUUCCCCCUCCCUCCCCCUCAGAGUUUUGCCAUCCUGUAUUUAUUUAAGUAACGGUAGCUGCGGAAGGGAAAAGCGUUCGCGGAGGUCCAUCGUGGGAAACUGGCCGAUGGCGGAUUCAGACCAGCCGGCUGUACCACUCAACGUGCCUCCGUCUCUUCCUUCCAGCACGGCAACUCGUCUCGUUUUGAAACUGCCAACUGCUAGAUAGGAGAUCUUGCAACGUGGUUGCAGGCGAAGUCGGCUCCCAAUGCUGCCUCUUUAGCCGCCGUUGGAUUACAGAAGAGAAAUCGGUGAGCCGCCGUUUCCCUUUUGCAAUGAUAGUGGAGAUCAAAGUAUUCAACGAAAUCUAUCGAUUGCCUCCAGGUAGAUGCCUCCUCUGCAUAUCUGGUUGCACGCCUCGUCGACUAUGAAGCCGAUAGUCUUUUUAAGGGGCACCUCGCGUGAAUAUUCGCAAGAACUACAUUACCCAGAAGUCAACGCGCUAGUCGUGCAAAGGACGUCUGCGCACUAAGACACUCGGAUCCAAGUUUGGAGCUUUUAGCUGCCAGUCCUGGCCCAUCAUGUAGGUGCAGCACAGCUUUCCUUCCCAUUGCAAUAGCGGGAGAAACCCCACUUUGCAAUCUGUUUUGCAAGGCGUGCAAUUGCAGCUCCUUCCUCUGCAAGGAAAUCUGCUGUGAGAAGUGAGAAAAACUCCAGUUGCAUGAAGAUUGAGCGCUUGCAGUUUGCAUCUUUGUUGCAAAACUAGCUACAGAAGGCAAAGUCUUUUGUGUUCCCCUCCCCCAUCAAAGCAGAGGGGAAAAUGUCUCAGAGAGGCAAGAAGAAAAAUCCAGGGUUGAAAAUUCCUAAAGAAGCAUUUGAACAACCACAGACAAGCUCAACGCCACCUAGAGAUUUGGAUUCCAAAGCUUGCAUUAAUAUUGGAGACAAGAACUUUGAAGUUAAAGCUGAUGACCUGGAGCCAAUAUCCGAAUUAGGACGUGGUGCAUAUGGGGUGGUAGAGAUGAUGCGACAUAUGCCCAGCGGGCAAAUAAUGGCAGUGAAGCGAAUCCGAGCAACCGUGAAUAGCCAGGAACAGAAGAGGCUAUUGAUGGACUUGGACAUUUCUAUGAGAACCGUAGACUGUCAUUUCACUGUCACAUUCUAUGGUGCACUAUUUCGAGAGGGUGAUGUGUGGAUUUGUAUGGAAUUGAUGGAUACCUCACUGGACAAAUUCUACAAGCAAGUGAUUGACAGGGGCUUAACGAUUCCUGAGGAUAUCCUAGGGAAAAUAGCUGUCUCUAUUGUAAAAGCAUUAGAACACCUACAUAGUAAACUCUCUGUAAUUCACCGAGAUGUCAAGCCUUCCAAUGUGCUGAUUAAUACACAAGGACAGGUGAAAAUGUGUGACUUUGGAAUUAGUGGGUACCUCGUUGAUUCUGUGGCUAAGACAAUGGAUGCUGGAUGCAAACCGUAUAUGGCACCUGAAAGAAUCAACCCGGAACUAAACCAAAAAGGAUACAGUGUAAAAUCUGAUAUUUGGAGUCUGGGGAUUACAAUGAUUGAAUUAGCAAUCUUGCGGUUUCCGUAUGACUCCUGGGGGACGCCGUUCCAGCAGCUCAAACAGGUAGUGGAAGAACCAUCACCACAGCUCCCUGUAGACACGUUUUCAGCUGGAUUUGUCGAUUUUACCUCACAGUGCUUGAAGAAAAAUUCCACAGAGAGACCUACAUAUCAUGAGCUAAUGCAACACCCCUUCUUUACCUUUCAUGAAUCCAAAGAAACAGAUGUGGCUUCUUUUGUCAAACUCAUCCUGGAAAACUGAAAAAAAGGACUUGUACAUUAUUUUAUUCUUUGAUGGACUGGUGGGAUUAAGGAGGAAGGGGUCAUGGUAGGACAGCCUUCAUUACAGGAAAGCCAGAGGAGAAUUUAACUGGUGGCCAUUUUCCUUUUUUUUUUUUUUUUGUAAAAUCCUAAUCUCCUUCCCUUGAAGGCUUUUUUAAAGGGUUCUUUGGUAUUCAUAGUGAUAUAGAAUGAACUGAUUAGUGAAAUGAAUUUUAAUAAGAUU